AUGGACUACAUUAAUAAAAUAAUUGAAUUUAAAUAUGAAAAUAAAAUAGAGAUUAAAAAUGAUAAAAUUAAUAAUAAUGAUGAAGAGAAUGAUGACUCUUCUGAUGAAGAGACUCUGUCUAAACUCUUUAAAGAUAUAUCUAAAAAGAAAAUAGAUAUUGAGGAUGUCAAUGCUAAUAAAGAAGAUAAUUGUAAAAAGUUAGUUGGAGAAGAUAGCAAUAAUAACAAA